AUACUUGUAAACUUUGACUCAAGUGACAAGUCUUGUCAGUAUUAUUCUCCUGCGAUUAAAAGUUCGUGACAUUAAUUUUCAUCAAUUUAAAAAUAUAUAUAUAAAAUUGCAAAAGGUGUGAAAACUUGUUCAAUAAAGUGUCAAAUUACAGGUUUAAAACUAACAAGUAUUGUGCAAUUGCUUUUUAUACUUGAAAUUUACCCAUAUUAGUUCGAGGUCGUGUACAAAGAAUUUAUUAAAAACAAUGGAUUUACUUCGAGAUUUGCCAAAAGGACCACUUGAAAUUUAUCGUAAACGAGCAACAUUUAAUUGGAAAUCAUUGAAAGUUAAUUUAUUAGGAGAAGAUUUAGUAAAAUAUCAGCAAAAAUUGUGGAAAUUUAUUGAAAUCACACCCGAAUUUCAAAGGCCCGUUAAAGCAGUAAAUUUAGACGAAGCUCGAAGAAGAUGUUAUAAACAACUCAAUUCAUUAGUUAAAAAUGAUAUUUUGCCAAUUGAUCAUCCAGGAUGGUUUAAUUAUCUUUUUUAUUACGAUGCUUCUUUACCAGUCGUAACGGGAAUAACUCAAGGAAUGGUACCUUCAGUGAUAUUAUCACUUGGCUCAGAGCGUCAUUGGGAAAUUUUAGAAAACUUGCAACAGGGUAAAUACACAAGUUGCUUUGCUUUAACUGAAAUUGCCCAUGGCACCAAUGUCAGAGGAAUGCAAACAAUCGCCAAAUACGAUGAAAAGACUAAAAAUUUCAUUUUUCACUCCCCAAAUUUUGAAUCCGCUAAAUGUUGGGCUGGAGCUUUAGGAAAAGCGGCAACACACGCAAUUGUUUAUGCACAAUUAAUAACGCCCGAUAAUGAAAAUCAUGGACUACAUCCUUUUAUCAUUCAAAUUCGUGAUCCAAAGACAUAUUUGCCAAUGCCAGGUGUGACAGUUGGUGAUAUGGGGGAAAAAGUCGCUUUAAAUGGAGUUGACAAUGGAUUUUUAUUAUUUAAUAAUUAUUCAGUUCCACGAUUUUCUCUAUUAAAUAAAAAUGCCGAUGUCACAGAAAAUGGACAAUAUGUAGCGAGAAUUAAAGAUCAAAGCAAACUUUUCGGUGCAUCACUUGGUGCAUUGUCAACUGGAAGAGUGACAAUAACAAUGAUUUGUACAAUGUAUUUGACACUUGCCACUGUGAUUGCAAUUCGUUAUGUUGCCGUUAGAAAACAAUUUGGUCCCACAUCGAAGGAGGAGUGGCCCGUAAUUGAAUAUCAAGUUCAGCAAGGACGACUAUUUCCUCAUUUAGCGGCAACUUUUGCAUUAAAUAUAUUUUCACAUGAAUUUUCGAAAAUAUCCCGAGAUUUUUAUAUAGAGAUGCUUACCUCGGAUGAUAAAAAUUUGAUGAGCGAAAAAGGAAUGGAAAUUCAUGCAUUGUCCUCAGCGACAAAACCACUUUGCGCCUGGACAGCACGCGAUGCAAUUCAAGAUUGUCGUGAAGCAUGCGGUGGUCAUGGUUAUCUGAAAGUAUCUCGAUUGGGUGAUAUUAGAUCGGAGAAUGAUGCAAAUUGCACUUAUGAAGGUGAAAAUAAUGUUUUAAUACAACAGGCAAGCAAUUGGCUAUUGAGUCAAUGGGGAAAUAUUCUACAAGGGAAACGAGUUCAAUCGCCACUUGGAUCUGCUGAUUUUCUCGAUGGAGCUCAAGAAAUUCUCUUAAUGAAAUUUCGUUGCACUUCAGUCGAUCAAACAAUGCAACUUGAUAAUCUUCUUUUGGCUUUUAAAUGGUUGACCUGUUACUAUUUAAAGAAGACUCAUGAAAAAGUUCAAAUUCUCAAAAAUAAUGGAAAUGGCAAUUUUGAAGCAAGAAACAAUUCUCAAACUUAUUUCGCACGAACCUUGACUCUAAUUUACGCCGAGCAUGCAAUUAUUCAAAAUUGUUGUCAUCGAAUUAAAAAUGGUCAAUUUGAAAUUGAGGAAAGACUUGUUUUGUCAAAAUUAUGUUCACUCUAUGCUGCCUGGUCUCUUGAAAGAAGAUUGGGUGAUUUAUUUGCCGGCGGUUAUGCAUCAUCUGAAUGUAAAAUUGAUAGUUUAUUACGCGAUGGAAUAAUAGCUGUGAGUAAGGAUCUAGUCAAGGAUGCUGUGUCUUUAAUUGACACUUUAGCACCACCGGAUUUUAUUAUAAAUUCACCACUCGGAAUGUCUGAUGGCGAGAUUUAUAAACAUUUGGAAAAAUCGUUUAUGGAAAAUGGAGAAAAUCUUGAGCGUCCAUCGUGGUGGCAAGAAAUAAGUAGAUCAAAAUUAUAAAGAAAUUUAUAAUUAUUUUUAUAAAUUUAUAAAAAAAAAAAGAUCAAAGUAUAGUUUUAAAAUAUAUUUUUUAACGAUUGUUUUUAUACAUUUAUAUAUAUAUAUAUUGAAAUUGUACUUAUUGUUAAAAAUUGUUUUGUAAAUAAAAAUUUUAUUUUUUAAUGAA